ACAGCGAACACCAGCUGCUCUCCGCGCCGGGCGCCGUGCGCCGCCGCUCCGCCAGCGCUGCCGCCCUCGUCCGCCGCCAGCAGCUCGCCGCCCGUGGCCCCUCGCGGCUUGGCGGGCCUCUCCUUUGUCCGCCCGGGCCCGCCCGCCGCCGAGGUCCCGGUCCCCGGGCCGGCUGCCCGCGGCGCUCGGUGCCGGCAGGGCGCGCAGGGGGCGGGGGCCGCGGCUCGCCCCCCGCGGAUGAGCAGCCGCGGAGCGCGGGCGGACGAUGGAACUCCACAUCCUAGAGCACCGGCUGCAAGUUGCCAGCGUCGCCAAGGAGAGUAUCCCGCUCUUCACCUACGGCCUGAUCAAACUUGCCUUCCUGUCUUCCAAGACCAGGUGCAAGUUCUUCAGUCUGACUGAGACACCGGAGGAUUAUACCAUCAUCGUUGAUGAGGAGGGCUUCCUGGAACUACCCUCCUCGGAGCAUCUGAGUGUGGCAGAUGCCACCUGGCUGGCCCUCAAUGUAGUGUCGGGUGGCGGCAGCUUUUCCAGCUCCCAGCCCAUCGGGGUGACCAAAAUCGCCAAGUCGGUGAUCGCCCCGCUGGCCGACCAGAACAUCUCCGUGUUCAUGCUCUCCACCUACCAGACGGACUUCAUCCUGGUACGUGAGCGGGACCUGCCCUUUGUCACCCACACCCUGUCAUCCGAGUUCACCAUUCUGCGGGUCGUCAAUGGCGAGACAGUGGCAGCGGAGAACCUGGGCAUCACCAAUGGCUUUGUGAAGCCCAAGAUGGUCCAGAGGCCUGUCAUCCACCCACUGUCCAGCCCCAGCAACAGGUUCUGUGUCACCAGCCUGGACCCCGACACGCUGCCCACUGUUGCCACACUCCUCAUGGACGUCAUGUUCUACUCCAACGGCGUGAAGGACCCCAUGGCUGCCAGUGAUGACUGUGGCCACAUCCGCUUCUUCUCCUUCUCCCUCAUCGAGGGCUACAUCUCCCUGGUGAUGGACGUGCAGACCCAGCAGAGGUUUCCUAGUAAUCUGUUGUUCACAAGCGCGUCUGGAGAGCUCUGGAAGAUGGUGCGGAUUGGAGGGCAGCCCCUGGGAUUUGAUGAGUGUGGCAUCGUGGCCCAGAUCUCCGAGCCCUUGGCCGCUGCAGACAUCCCCGCCUACUACAUCAGUACUUUCAAGUUCGACCACGCACUGGUACCAGAAGAAAACAUCAACGGCGUCAUCAGCGCCCUGAAAGUCAGCCAAGCAGAGAAGCAUUAGAAGGGUGUCUCUCUCCGCCCUGUCCACGCCCAGCCCUGGGCCCGGCCCCCACCUGAAGAUUCUUCUUGCAGUAUUUCUCAACAGACUGGAAAACCGUCCCUAGGUCCCCCAAAGAAAGGGCCACAGAGACAUCCCCAUUUGCUGACUUUGCCCGGCCUGGAGCCCAAGCCAGGACCUCCCGAAGCCCUCCUGCCUUCCCAGAGCCCCCAGACCCUCCCGAGUGCACCCUCAUCUCGUCCCCCACCCCCAACUCCAGAAAAUGAGGUCUGAGGCCCAGGGAGCUUAUGAGCUGACCCACCUCCUCACCGGGCCUCACCCACAGUCGGGGGCAGACUCCGAAGUAAGCCGGCGCCUCCUGCAAGACACCGGGGUUCCAGUUCCCAUGUUUUCUUGGGGGACAGGCCAAGCAGGGCUGAGUUCGUGGAGCCUGGGGAGGCCCCCAUGAGGGCGGGGAGCUGGAUACUGUGGUUGCUGGUCUCUGGUUCCAUCAGCUCGGGGCUGGUUCCCGGAGUGGAGGCUGGUGGGUGGCCCUCGGGACAUGUGCUGGUGGGGCGCCAAGCUGGGGAAGACCCGAGCCCCCCCCCCCCACCCCCACCCCCCGCAGAACCUCGCCUGCCAACCACAGGGCCUGUGCCCCAACUCCCAGCGAGACUGCCAGCAGGGCCCUGCCCAGACCCUCCCCACCACAAGCUCACUCCUGGGAGGGCAGAUCCCAGGAGACCCACCAGCGUAGGGCACACGCUCCUGUCCCCUCUGCUUUCCCUGGACCUGACUCAGGCAGGCAUAGCCUCAGUCUCUCCCAAGUGGGGGUACUGCCUGCCUUCCGGGCCUAGGGUUCCUUAGGUCACCCUCACCUCCCUAACAGUUGACUAGGCCAGCACAGGGCUCCCCUGUCAUCCUGUCCCCUCCCUUGCCCCACUUUGGGGGACAUAGAAGGCCUCUGCCCCCAACUCCCCUGCCUGCCCGCCCCUCAGUCCGGGGACUGUGGCACUCAUGAGUACUUGAUCUGGGAGGCAGCUUAUCUGAGCCUUAAUAGAGAAAACCGUACUUUGCUUUAGUUUCUUAUUUAAUGUAUUUGCGCCCAGGCUGUGGUCAGCAGCCAUUUCAAGAUACAGGGCCCGUCUUCCGCGUCCUGUCGGGGCCCAGAGGCCCAGCAUCACUUGGCUGGGGCCCUGUGGCUCCGAGGACAAGUGUGAGGACUGGAGGCCUUGGCCCUCUCUGCGGAGCAGGACACUGGGAGCAGAGGUCUGUUACUAGAUGGGCCCCAGGGCGCCCCACACAGGGCGGCCCAGCCAGGCCUAAUGACAGGCGCCCAGGCAGCUGUGGUUCUGAGCAUCAGAGGGGACCUAAGGGCCACAGGGAGGUGGACAGCUGGGUGGCAGGCCGGCUGAGGCGGCUUGUCCCCCUAGACGGUCUUCAGAGAGAAUGGGGUGAGUCCUGUGCCUCCUCCCCGGGAGCCUUUGAAGCACACAGGGCCCGCUGUGGCCCCUGCCCUUCCUGGGCUCCUCCUGGGGCAUCAGCCGACGUGCGCUGCCCGGGAGGCCCGGAGGAGAAGGGGGGUUCUGGUCCGGUGGAUGCCCGUGUGGGACCCUGUGCUGGAAGCCCCCGGUUUAGGAACUGUCCGUCUGGGCCCUGGUGGAUCCCAGGGCCCCCACACUGAUUAGGAACCCGUGGGUGGUUUUGGUUUUUGUUUUUAAGUUCAUUCAUUUUGCACAAAACUCCGUUAACAACCAAAACGUGUACAUUGUUUGCUGGUUCCAAAAUGGAGGUGGCCAAGCGGGCAGGGCAACGCGUGAAGCCCUGGGC